UUCCCUAUACAUCCCAAUUCAAUCAUUUGAGAAUCGUUGCAAAGCAAAAUAGCACGUCGUGUUCAGUUGUACACUUUCUAUCCGUCUUUAUGGCUUUCACCAGUUUGUUUACUUAUACGCUAUCCAGCACCUGUAAGUUUGCUACCUGUUCCCAAAGAAGAAAGACAGUAUCGUUGAUUGCCUACCCUCGUUUGCGGUUGAACAGAGAACUGAGGAGAAAUACUCGGAGAGGAGUACUCAGUUUUGACUCCUGUCGCUUUCUCUUUAGUCUUUCAGUAUUAGCUCAGGAAAGUAGUAUUGGCUCAUCUUCAGCUCCAUUCUCUACCGACUCUACAGAGAAUGACGUCAUUUCAACUACUGAAAAACAAGGCAAACUCAGUUUAGAACAGCUUCAACUGAACAGAGAAUAUGAUGCAAUCAUAGCGAAAGUAACAGAGUACGGUGCCUUCGUAGAUAUAGGUGCGAUAAAAUACGGAUUACUGCACGUUUCACAUAUGAGCGAUUCGUUCGUAAGGGAUCCGUCGGAACUUGUCAAAGAAGGGGACUGCAUAAAAGUCCGUGUGUUGAGAGUUGAUCUUGAAAGGGGAUUAUUUUCAGUUACUAUGCGAAGUUCCAUUGAAAGAAAACCAAGAACGGGAGUCACUCGGGGCAGAAGAUCCAAAGAAGAACUCAAAGAAGACAAAAGGCGUUUAGAGGGUCCAAAUUUGUCCAAGGCUUUAUUACAGUUUGCAGAGACAGUUGAUUCAACAAAGUUUUUUAAAGCGAACGUUCUUAAUAUCACUGACUUUGGUGUCUUUGUCGACGUCGGAGGCCCAAAAGAUGGUCUCAUUUUUCGUCCUGACUUAACGCAGGAAGUGCAAGCUGGAGAAGAAAUUGUGGUUCGUAUUAAGAAGAUUGAUGUAGCUCGCAACUUUAUUACUUGUACUAUGAAACCUAUGGAAGAAUAUGAGAAAUCUCUUCCACUAAUAAGAGGAAAUACGGAGUAAGGAACAAGUCUGAAGUGGAGUGGCUGGUUUUUGUUGUGUCGUCCAUUUAGAAAACUUCAAAGGUCGCCCAUGAUAAACAACUUUGGUGAUAUGGUGAAUUCUU